AUGCUCCGCCACCUGUCGAGCUUCCCGUCGUGCACCGUCCUGCGGCUGUCGGGCCAAUUUUGCAUCCCCGUCGACUUCUUCGACAGCCUCUCCGCCGUCGCCAACCCCUUCCCGGCGCUGAACGUGUUCCACCUCGACAUCGGACCCGACACUUCCGACGGCAAGUGGUUCUUCGUCAAGGAUGAGACGAAGCUCGCGUGGGAGAAGGCGCGCCAGGGCCCCGAGCGGGCCAACUACGUCCAGUGCACCGAGGAUGGCAUCUUCCCGAGCAACCCGUCCCAUCCUACGAGCCCGGCUGGAAUGACGACGGCUACUGGCCAUACAUGGAGGCCAAGUUAUGACGAGUUCGCAUACCUGGAGGAGAAGGACCUCCUGCGCAGCUGGACGCUGCCCGACGACGAGACCGUCAACCCGAUGCUGCGCGGCGCAACGGGCGCCAUGGGUAGGGGGCCCAAGAUUGAGCAGUUUACGGUGCGCUUAAGCGACAACUUCGACAAUGUUGUCUGUGAUGUGAACUGUGUUUGGUAG